UGGGCUUUAGUUUCAGGGAGGACUGAACGAUACGGGUUCCACUGUCUGUGGAAACUGUGAGUUUCAUUCGAAAAAAAAAACAUUAAUCCGUUGUGUUAAAAUCGGACGCGUUUGUGGUGCAGUCCGACAGCAAAAGGUGAUUCAUUUCGGCAAGGAUCUUCUUGUCGGAUGCUGGAGCUGUGGGUUCUUCCUCCUAUCACUUUGUGGUGUUUCGUUUUGUGGUAUGUGCGUGCGUGUAUACGUGUGUGUGGGUGAAUGAGCAUUUUAAAAUUCGAAAUCAAAGAAUGCCUUGAUGCGCAACAAGCGCCUACGUCCUCGUAUCCCCAAAAGCUGUCCGUAAGCUGUGGCGUCAGCUUAAUUUUUCGACGUCUCGAAACAAGAAUUUUGCGCAGAUCGAAUGUAAAACACGUUUUUCAGCGUUCGCGUUUUAAAGUUUUGCCUAAAUCUUUUGUGUAUAUGUAUGCGUGUGUGUUGUGUGUGCCCCUUGUGCUAAUGUGUGAAAUUGUUCAAUAGAGAUAAGCUGUUCCAUAUUUAAAUGCCUUUAGAAAAAAAGGAUAUCCCUACUUUUUUUUACCAACAUUCCAACAACAUAAUAAAUCGAAUUCGGUUUGCGAAUUUCAUAAGCAACGCUUUAAAGAAGAAAAAAACGUGCUCAAACGGUACAACCAAGACAGGAGAAAAGAAGCAAGCGUCUUAUGUCCUCUCAGACGGUGCUUUUUCAGUGAAGAGAUCGUUCGACCGAGAACCGCACCUGAAAAGAAGAAAGAAGGAAAGAAAUCUCAAAAAGCUUCUUAAGAUUUCGCGUGCAAAGAAGCGAGAGAUAUAGGAGCAAACGGAACGGCAUAACACCAAUCCCACCGUCAUCAUCAUCAUCAUUUACCAUCAUUGCAGGCUACCACCGUCAUGAUCACUGUCAUCGUUCGAAAUCUUUGGAAGCUGUUUGAUCUGCUGUCUCGUUCGUCGCGUAGCAAACCGCGUCGCCAUGGCGAUAUAGAAAUUGAAUCGAGCAGUUGCCUCGUACGUGUCGCGCUAUACGCAACCAUUGUGCGUAUAGCAUGCGCACAUUUGAAUGAGCUGUCGUGUGUGUGUUUUGUGUGCAUGAAUGUGUGUGCGUGUGUGUGUGUACAUAUGCUGCGCCAGAGCGAGACAGAGUUCGGCGUGUGAGUGACAAGGUGAAUUCGUCGCAACCACUUCUUCCACGCUGUGCCUACUUGAUCCUAUCCCAACAGGUACACAGCAUAACAAUCCAGUCGAUCAAUUUUUUUUGGAAGGAGAACCAUCAUGCCGUGGAGAAGGUAGCACAAAGGGAGACGCGGACGGAACGAAAAUAAAAACACGCAUAAGAAACCGGUCUCGCGCCUUCGCGGUCCCUUCUCCACAUAACAGAAUACCACCCUCGCCGGGGGUUUGCUUUGUUUGAUGCUUGGUUUGCCGUUAAAGGAGUGUAUGGGUGUGUGUGUGUGUGAGUGAUCAUUGCACAGUGUCAUUUAUGCUCGUCAACAGUGGUCAACAGGCAGGGCAAAGUGAUGAUGGCGAUCAUGAUGAUGAUGAUGAUGAUGGUGGUGUUGUUUGGUCAGCAGUAUAUGCAGCAUUUCUCUGACAUGGACAACAACUGAAUGUCAUAAAAUAUUUCCGAUCCUCGCACAAGAUUUACGCAGGAUAUCGAUUGCGUCUGGAUAAAGAACGAGCUGUGAUCAAGAGAGAGAGAGAGGGAGUGCGAAAGAGAAAGCGAGAAAAGUGAAACGGAAAGUAGACUUCUACGAUCGUAAGACGCCGCGCGGAAGCAGAAAGAAAAAGGGAAAAGGAAUGUGCGGCAGACUUAUCCAUUCUAAUCACUGGAAGAGGCGAGGCUUAAUUUGUGCGUUUGUUUGUUUUUUUUUGUCGUCACGCGAGAACCCGCAGACUCGCAUCAUCGAAAACAUGUCCCAACCGUUCUCCCCCUGAAGCUGAAUUAUAAAUUCAAGGUUUCAUCGAGACAUAGAAAACCACAGCUAACAGCGUUCGUUGCUUUCUAUCCAAUCUCCGCAGCAGGGCAGAGCCAGUAAAAGAUAGUUCACAGUGUUUAGCUGCACCGGUGCGUAGUGGUUGUGUGUUGCGCGAGUGUAUUUUCAAAUGCAUGCGUAGAGGGGGCUGGCUGGUGGUUGGCCCGUACGUAAGGAAUGCUGAAUGCACCUGUUGGAGAUGCAUUAGUAUAGCAGUAUCGGUACAGUUGUUGAUGUGCACACCGAUUGUGGAGUUAGUGCAGUUGGUCCGAUUGACCGACUGGUUGGAAGCAGUGCGUCUCCUUCGGAUACGGUCCAUUUCGUAAAGUGUAGACAGCGCAGCAGCAGCAGCAACAACAGCAACACGGCAGGAUGAUGAUGGAUAUGCUCGGUUCCCCGAGCGGUGGCAACCAGCAGUUGCCUAACAACCACUUUCACAGUGACUCGCAGCUGGAGAGAACGUCAUGGGAUUACAGCACGGUAACACUUUCCCGAGUCACCGGUUACGGGUUUGGCAUAGCAGUAUCCGGUGGUCGUGAUAAUCCUCACUUUGCAAAUGGCGACCCAUCCAUUGCAGUGAGCGACGUGCUAAAGAAUGGUCCGGCCGAGGGUCAACUACAAGUGAAUGAUCGCAUCAUUUCCGUUAACGGAGUGUCGUUAGAAAACGUGGAGUACGCGACAGCCGUACAGGUAUUGCGCGACAGUGGCAAUACCGUGACGCUGAUAGUGAAACGGCGCGUACCCAAUCACAGUCUGAUGCAUCCACUGCCUGGUGCGAAUAUGCACGGGAUGACAGUGGGGCCGGGUGGUGGUGUCGGAGGGUUAUCCGGUGGUUUAACCGGACCCGGCAGCGGUGGUGGUGCGAUGAGCGGUAUACCGGCCGGUGUGGGCAUGAAUUCACAUCAGCACCAGCACAGCAUCAGUUCGACCGGGCUGGGGCUCGGUGCAAAUAAUGGAUCUCAGCAGCAAAUCAAAGUCAUCGUCACGAAGGCGAACAAAAAGGACGACUUCGGCAUCGUCCUGGGCUGCCGAUUGUUUAUACGGGAAAUAUCAUCAAAGACUAAAGAUCAGCUAGCGGCAAAUGGGUAUUCACUGCAGGAAGGUGAUCUGGUCACGCGCAUUCACAACACCAACUGCAAUGAUUCGAUGAGUCUGAAAGAGGCGAAAAAAAUCAUUGACGGUUGCAAAGAACGAUUAACGCUAGCUGUGCUACGCGAAGCGAACGGUGUUGGUGGAAACUAUGGUGGAGGGGCAACUGGUGGAACUGGUUCCGGUAUGCAAUCGCCCGUCUAUUCCCAUACGGCCCAGGUCUCCAACUGUAGCAAUAUGGAUGAGAAUUAUCUCAACGGAACCGGUUCAUACUCGGGGCAAAAUUUGUACGUGCAACCACCGACGAGACCAUCCGCCAUGAGUACGCUGCUGGCGGAUGACAAAAGCAAUCUAACGCCGAGAGGCCGUUCCAGAGGACCGUUGACAGAUAUUUCGCUGCAGCAGCUCGAUCGUCCCAGCACCCCACCGGGAACGUCUAGCCGCACGGCGGACUCGGGUGCUGCCGGACAUUCACGAUCGCGCAGUGUCGUUGACGAACCACCGAGACCACCACCACCGAGGGGUGAAGAUUUUUACGCCACACGCCGUCAGCUGAUGGAGGAAAAACCUCCGACGACCGAACCACGAUACAUCACAUUCCAAAAGGAGGGUUCGGUCGGGAUACGGUUGACGGGCGGUAACGAAGUGGGCAUCUUUGUGACGGCCGUACAGCAGAACAGUCCCGCUUCCGCCCAGGGUCUCGUAACGGGGGACAAAAUACUGAAGGUCAACGAUAUGGACAUGAACGGAGUUACCAGGGAAGAGGCUGUCCUCUUUCUGCUUAGCCUGCAGGAUCGCAUCGAUCUGAUCGUACAGUACUGCAAGGAGGAGUUCGAUAGCAUAACGGCACAGCAGCGGGGAGAUUCGUUCCACAUCAAAACGCAUUUCCACUGCGAUACACCGACCAAGGGUGAAUUGUCAUUCAAGGCCGGCGAUGUGUUUCGGGUCAUAGAUACCCUGUACAAUGGAGUAGUCGGUGCCUGGCAGGUGUUGCGCAUCGGUCGUGGACAUCAAGAGCUGCAGCGCGGCGUCAUUCCCAACAAGGCUCGGGCCGAAGAGCUGGCGACGGUGCAGUUUAACGCGAGCAAGAAGGAACUCAAUACUUCCGAGUCGCGAGUAAGCUUCUUCCGCCGGCGCCGUUCGACCCAUCGUCGCUCAAAGUCAUUGUCACGCGAGAACUGGGAUGAUGUGGUGUUCUCGGACGCCAUCUCAAAAUUCCCAGCGUACGAGCGUGUCGUGCUGAGACAUCCGGGCUUUGUGCGUCCGGUUGUCAUCUUUGGCCCGGUCGCGGAUAUUGCACGCGAACGUUUGAUGAAAGAUUUCCCUGACAAAUAUACGGCACCGUUGCAGGAUGACGAUAAGGGUUCGUCUAAGUGUGGUGGAAUCGUGCGCUUGUCAAACAUUCGUGACAUUAUGGAUCGUGGCAAGCAUGCGCUACUUGACGUGACACCGAAUGCGGUCGAUCGGCUAAACUAUGCGCAGUUCUACCCGAUAGUGAUAUUCUUGAAAGCGGACACAAAACACACAAUCAAGCAGAUGCGCCAAGGAUUACCAAAAUCGGCUCACAAGAGCAGCAAGAAAUUGUUCGAGCAAUGUCAGAAGCUGGAACGCGUUUGGUCCCAUGUGUUUAGCACAACGAUCAACCUGAACGAUCCGGACACGUGGUACCGAAAGCUGAGGGAUUCGAUAGAUCAACAGCAGAGUGGUGCAGUUUGGAUGUCGGAGACCAAGCCCGUAGAAUCCUUGUCAGAUGAUUUCUUGUUCCCCAUGACCACAUCCCGUCUUUCCUACGCCUCGAGUCCAGAAUCGGAUCUGGAGCUAAGCCCGGGCCCGUCAGCAUCACUUUCAUUGGGCAACUUGCCACAGUUGGUGAAAUCCAGCUCUGAUCCAUCGAUUGCCACUAAUCAGGAUAACUUGGAUAGGGAUAGAGAACUCGGUGACGGCAUGCCACCACCAUACACGAAUCCAUACGAACAUGCGCCUCACUCCCGUCGUAUGACCGUUGACAACAAGUAUGGUUUUUCAUCGAGCAAAAAUGGUGGUGCAUCGGCAAUGAAUCCUGAAGAUGCCAUUUACGGUUCGUCCACUGCACGUGCCGCACCGCCGCUGCAAGGUUCAUCGAAUGGUCCACACUUCGGAGCGGUUCCAGAUUUACCUCCUCGUAUCGACCGAGCGUCCAAACCACCGAACGCUCCCGGUGCUCCAAGUACGUCCGGAUCUUCGUUACCUUCGCGUAACUCAAGCUCUGGCGGUACACUCGGUCGUUCAGCACAGGAACGACUCUUCGGCAAUGGGAAACAAUCCUCCGCUGAUACGCUACAUGAUCCUACAUCGACGCACGAUGAGUAUAGCAGUCGAAAUCAGCUGCUAGGACAUGGAGGACCGGACAAGCGACCAGCACUUCCACCGAUGGUAAAUGGAAGCACGACGGCCCCAGGAACCGUUAGCUCCUUGGAGCGUAACGCCAAUACAUCACUGGAUCGCAGUGGCGGUGGUCGUACGGCUGGUCAUCAUCAUGCUGCUUCGUCCGGCAGCAAUCCGAACACGUCCAGCAAAGCGAACGGAUCGUACGAUAGUGUUUCCAGCUACGAUUCUUACAAUACAUCAUCGCAGCUGACCGCACAGAAUAUGAGGUUAGGACCCAAUGCACCCGAUGAUCUGAAAUCGGUGCCCAACAAUCGAAAUGGAGCACAUCCAAUGGGAGGAAACGCAUCAGGGCUUUCAGAGUAUGGAAGAAACCCUUCAAUGAACACCUCAUCCGAUAUGUUGCUAACGACAGCUAGAAACAACUAUAAUGGUACAGGAGUUCAUGAAACAUUAACGCAACGAAACUCAGGCGAUCGUUCCGGAGGAGGCAUGAAUAUGCCACAAAGACCAACCAAUCUCGUACUAGACAGUCCACGAAAGCACAUCAUCGAAACGAAAACGGAUUACGGCAAAUACAGUCGAAAUAAUUCCGCAUCGCAAGCAGACUACUCGAAGCCUAGCAAAGGACCGUCGAUGAUUGGUUCACCUGGACAGCCACCCGGUGCUAUCGGAGCGAAUAUGGGUAAUGGCGCACCAUUUAAACCUGUUCCUCCGCCAAAACCUAAAAACUACAGACCUCCAGUCGGAGGUACCGGCAGCAAUGGUUCCGGAAUGCAUCAUUCCGGACAGUGGGAUAAUGGGGAACCGAUUUCACCUCGCUCACCGGAUGGUUUUUAUUAUCCUCCAAUGGCAACGUCACAUUAUCAUCAAGGCAUGGCCCACAAUGUCCCAAGUUCACCCAACAAUGGUGGAUCCCAUGGUCCCGGUAUGCAUCCGUACAAUCCGUACGCGGUCGGAAAUGGUGCUAAUGGCGGCAAUGGUGGCCCUAUGUACAAUGGCAGCACCAACGGUAGUCAUUCUUAUAUGAGCAAUGGUGUCAGGGACAUGGGUGCAAUGGGUGCAAACAAUGGUUAUAACAACGGUAACGCACAAUACCCCUACGGCAAUACUUACAUGCAUAGAGGUAAUGGGACUGGAACUCAUGGCAUAGGUAACAUGCCAGCACUACAUCCAACUGAUCGACAUGCGCUCGAUCUCGCCGGAAGCCGAGAGCAGCGAGGAUCGGCAUUCGAGCUUUACCGCAAACCACAACUUGGUACGAUGGUUGGGCACCACCACAACAUACGAGACAUGGAGCCAAUGAUGUCGAUCCAUGAGUUCAAUCAGCACCAGCAACACCUGAUGCAUCAGGAACGCAUGCGCCAGUUACAGCAACAGCCCUUGCCACCGAUACCGGGGCCGCCACCUCGUGGACCCUACCCUGGGCAUGAUCCAUCCCUACCACCAGAGUUACCGGCGAAACCGCCGAAGAAAAACAUUCUGAAAUCUCCGCUGAAAGCAAUCAAGAACGCAUUCAUUAAGUCUACCCGUCCGCUACGUCGGCAGGUAAGUUUGGUGGGUGAUGCGGAUAAAAAGUCGCUCAGGCCGAUACUGAAACGGCAACACUCGAUGAUGGAACCUCGAUUGGCACGAAUGCGCAUGUCCGAGCAGCAGCAGCAACAGCAGCAGUUAUACGAUCAGCGAUCAAUGUACGCGAGAGAAAUGCAACAGCAGGCGUAUUAUAACGAUCAACGGUAUGUGUCCUCAUAUCAGGGACCUUAUUCACCGCAACCUGUUCGGGGUUAUCAGCGCCAUGAGCCAUACUAUCCUAAGGAUGGUAACAGUACGUAUCAGAAUUUGGAGCUAGAAUCUAUGUACGGUAACCACGGUAGAGGAUACUACGAUCAGCAAGGUGAUGGCCAGGGUUACUAUCCACCAGACGAAAACUUGUAUGCCAACCGGGCACUUAUUGAAUUAGAGCGUGGAAGAGUUCCGUUAGGACCAGGGGCCACGGCUAGUACGCUUGGACGACGCAUCGUACGUCGUCACAGUAUGGCCGAUCGAACCGCUCCAUCGCCCAGCUUCAAUCAAUUGAACCGUCGACGAAUGGGCUCCGAGAGGGCACCCAAUCACGCCUCAAUAGUGGACCAUCAUCGGGCAGCAAUAGCCAAUGUAAGUCACGGUUCUUCUGCCCACGAUGAGUCUAUCUAUCAGAGCAAGAGUGGUUCAUUUCUGUACAACGAAGCACGCGAGCAUACGCGCCGAACGAUCGAAGAUCCAGUGUAUCAAAGCCGGCGGGAAAUGCACCGUGAUCAUCUUUAUCAGAGCAAGCAGCAGAUGCAAGAUCGCAUCCAGCAAAGUAGAAUGGUGGAGAUGCAACCACAAGCAGCGCAACAGCAGCCACAUGGUUCAUCACCCGCUUCUGGUAAUGGUAGUAGUUCGAUGGGUGGCACAACUACUUCCGCCGCUAGUGAUCGAUUCCUGCGCAACCAGGGUCUAGCCGGUGGUGGUACUACUGCCAGCGGUUCAUGCUCCAGUUCUCCCAACUCACCGUCGAGCAGUUCGUGCAAAAGCGGUUACUCGUCGUCCCGCAAUGGAGGCGAAAUGCGCGAAAGGCGCACACAAAUGCGAGAACAAAUUUAUCAAUCCCGCAAAGAGGCGAUGGAAUCAAUGGCCGAACCAGUGUACGUUUCGCGCAGGGAGCUCAAACAUGAACCGAUCUAUGAGUCGAAGAAUGAGCACGAAUCGGUCUCAUCCAUGGUAGACGCAUCGGAACAUCCGGUUAGUGAAAUGCAAGGGCUUUGUUUAAACGUGGUUGAAACUGCAGCCGAUACCGAUCGAAAGGAACCGAAGGAGUCUGAAACGAGCAACAUGACUAACAUUACUGAAUCCCCGAACAUCACGCCUUCGGUUGUACGAAAACCACACAGCUUGGGUGCACCCUUAGCCGCCGAAGAGGAUGACGAUGUGGAGGAGGAAGAUGAGCAGGAAAAGAGCGGCGAACGAACGCUAACUGCAGCGAACCAAAACGAUUCCACCUUCGACAAGCUGAUGGUGGGAUCGCAAUGUCCCGGCAGCCCCGUUGCAACGUCAUCUCCCGUAGCGGUGCCACCGUCCAUGGGCACACCGAAAAGUAUCCGAGCGACACACAUAUCCAACUUUUUAAAACGAACUGCUCCACCGGUAAUGCCACCGCCCCCACCACCACCCGUUUCCUCGCCACACAAUCGUCCUGUACAGUCGGGUCCCGAGCCGGCCCCAGUUUACGCGAGCCGAACAUCAAUCGAGACACAGUACACGACGGCUGCGACCGGUUCACAGAUGAGCCUACCGAUCGGACCACCGAACGCGACCAGUACACCGUUUGCGAGUGAACUUUCACUCGGGCUGCCGGCUCCACGGCAACCCAUAACCCGGCGCGGUAUGUUCGAUACGGCCGGUGGCAGUUUGGCCGAUCCGAUCUGGAACGUUUCGCUGCACAUACCGGCCGGCGCGAUACCGCCAGGCGUACAGCAAGAGAUUUACUUCACCGUCACCGAUCCGCGGCUGAGCGAAAGCGUCGGUGGACCACCGCUGGACAUGGAGAAUGGUGAAACGAUGCUAUCACCACUAGUAAUGUGUGGUCCUCAGGGAACAGAGUUUCUUAAACCGGUCACACUCAACAUACCACACUGUGCCGGGCGCACCCCGUCGCUAGGCCUAUCCUUAAAAGCGACCGAUAGUGAGAAAAACCUGCAAACCGAUUGGGAAGAUAUCGACUUACCGAGCAACACUGCGGCCCAUACCGUGUCGGUAAAGGUGGACCAUUUUUAAGCGAAUAGGACCAUCAUCCACGACGACGUUUUUUUUUUGUUCUUUAAUUUUCCUUCCAUAAAAGCGUUAUGUCCUGCCCCAACUGAUGAUUACCAUCACAUGCCGUACUGAACAGUAGUGCCUUUUUAAUAGUCGUAUUACAUUAGCUCCUGUUUUAUACACGCAUUCGAAUGAAUACCCUUAGCAUGAUAGGAAUUUCCUUUUAUUCGGAAAGUAAAGGCCAUCGGGAAGGUUUACGCGAGAAAGAUACUUGUACUUGUAUUGCUUACCAACGCAUCUUUGCCAUUUUAUUAUAGUAUAGAGAGAUGAAACCAUUUGCAAAUAUUGCUUUAUAGGGAAAAAGGAAAACGUGUUUGAAAAUGCUGUAAAUAAGCUGCCAAUAUCGACGUAGAAACAAAUGGCUCCGUUCUGACGAAGCGAUGUAGUUCGGUUACAUAUUAUAGCAGUAAAUUUGUUUUAUAUACUUUUUUUUAUUAAUGGCACCCGCCGGUUACGUGAUAGUUUACCAUGUACAUAGUUGAAGUACACAUAGCGUAUAUAAAGAAAUAAAAACUCUCCGAACGGAAGAAUCCGUUACGUCAUUUAUCGUUUACUCUAGGUUCCGGAUAGUAAGGAAAAGAACAAUGAGCAGCAUAGACCAGCUCGGCGUAAAGACCUUAAAACAACAGGUUUUGGGUUGUGUUGGGAGUAGUAAAAAUCGAACUAGGCCUCCAGGCGUUAAUGGCAAAGUUAACAAGUGACAUUUUAUAGGAAUGUAGCAAUUAUUCAAUGCACUAAAGCAUCAUUUGUCAUCUAUUUCUGCUGCCAUCUUGACAGACACAAUGUGUGUACAGUAAGUAAAGGAAGUAACCGUAUUCCACCUUCGAAGUGCGUAGCAUUUUAUACUAAACACAGAUCGAAAAGUAUUUUUACAAACUCUUUUUCGGAAACAUACAUAAUAUCGGAAACAAUUACAGAUUAAAGCUAUGGUGUAUGUUUUGUUAAUAAAAGAAUAAAGUAUGGAAUUUAAUAUAAUAUCGAA